GCUGCGCCCAGGCUGGGGCCGUCUUGUGUGGUUGUCACUUGUUGGGUCCUGUGGUUGGGAUCGGUGACGUGUUUGCAGGACGAUGCUGGUGUUGGGAAGACUGGAGGAGCUUGCGGCUGCAGCAGCAACCGGGCCAGGGGCGUGGAGGCGGAGCCAGCGCAGAAAUAUUCCCUGGAGAGUAGUGCUUCCCAGCAGUUAAAGCAGGAUGUGGAGGCUGGGUGCUUGAAAAAUGAAGGCAGCCAGAUGGUCUUGAUUCCAGCUGGAGUAUUUACAAUGGGAACGGAUGAGCCAGCUAUACAACAAGAUGGAGAAUGGCCUGCAAGGAGAGUUCACAUCAGCAGUUUCUACAUGGAUCGCUAUGAAGUCAGUAAUGCUGAGUUUGAGAAGUUUGUGAAUGCUACCAGCUAUUUCACAGAGGCAGAAAGAUUUGGCGAUUCCUUUGUAUUUGAAGGCAUGUUGAGUGAACAAGUGAAGAGUGAAAUUCAGCAGAGGGUUGCAGCUGCUCCCUGGUGGAUGCCUGUUAAAGGAGCUAAUUGGAGGCACCCUGAGGGUCCUGAUUCUAAUAUCUCAAACCGAAUAGAUCACCCAGUUCUUCAUGUCUCUUGGAAUGAUGCUGUAGCAUUUUGCACGUGGGCAGGCAAGCGGCUACCAACAGAAGCUGAAUGGGAAUACAGCUGUCGAGGGGGCCUUGAAAACAGACUCUUCCCCUGGGGAAACAAGCUUCAUCCGAGGGGCCAGCACUAUGCUAAUAUCUGGCAGGGAGAAUUCCCUACGAGCAAUACUGAGGAGGAUGGGUACAAAGGAACGUCACCCGUUACUGCGUUUCCUCCAAAUGGUUAUGGCUUGUACAAUAUGGUGGGAAAUUCCUGGGAGUGGACAUCGGAUUUGUGGACUGUUAAUCAUUCUGUGGAUGAAACGUACAAUCCAAAAGGGCCCUCGAUAGGGACUGACAGAGUGAAGAAAGGUGGAUCUUACAUGUGCCACAAGUCCUAUUGCUAUAGGUAUCGAUGUGCAGCUCGAAGCCAAAAUACUCCUGACAGCUCAGCUUCCAACCUGGGGUUCCGCUGUGCUGCUGACACCUUGCCUGACUAUUUAAAGGAAUAAAGCUGGCAGUGGCAGAGGAAUGAAAAAUCUCACCAGAGAGUGCUCCAAGGGAGAGGAUGCAGCUUACAUCAAAAGCACGUCUUAUGCUGGAGACUUUUUUUAAAGAGAGGGCAAUGAUUCUGCAAAUAACAGCUGGCAAUUUCCUUCCGUAACAUCUUUCUGAAGAAAAUGGGCUGUUUGUGCAUAAGGAAAUCAAACUUUCAUAAGAGCCAGUGUGGUUUAGUAAUUAAGAGAAUUGGGUUUGAUUCCCCAUUCCCAUCCCAUGAGUGGUGGACUCUUAUGUGGUGAACUGGAUUUGUUUUCCCUCUCCUACACAUGAAGCCUGCUGGGGUGGCUUUCGGCUAGUCACAGUUCUUCAGAACUUUCUCAGCCCCACCUGCCUCACAAGGUGUCUGUUAUGGAGAGGGCAAGGGAAGGCAAUAAUAAGCGACUGUGAAGCUUCUUAAUGGUAGAGAAAAGCCAGGUAUAAAAACCAACUCUUCUUCUAAUUACAUUGAAAUUGUUAUACAAACUCAACAAAACGAUGACAGUUUGCAGGGUGGAAUCCAAUAAAAAUCAUACAAGUGUAGGGUGAUUUUACUGAAGGUCUUAGGAAGUUAUGGCAUAGUAUAUCUCUUUUUUUAAUUACAUAUAUGAAAAAUCAUGAAAAAAAAUAAAAAGACAAUCAUGGUCCCUGCAAAGCAGAUGAGCCACUUUUACAGCCGCCCUGAGCCCUGCUUCAGCAGGGAAAGGGUGGGAUAAAAAUCUAAUAAUGAACUAAAACUAAACAGAGCAAUCCUGGAGGUUGCCUAUGCUGCAGCAGCCAGCCCCAGUGUAACUGUGGCAGCGACAAACAGGAUGUAGCUGGAUUUCAGUGCCUACAACUGUACCAGCAUCCCCAGCAACUGCAUUACAUACAGGUGUUGUGGUGAGGCAGCAAUGCCAUGAUGGAUGGGACAGGCUGGUGCAGGAUUAGUGGAGCCUUCUCGUGCUUUCUCUGCUCCUUGAGAGCCAGCAUUGUGUAGUGGGUAAGAGCAGGUGGAUUCUAAUUUGGAGAACCAGGCUUGAUUCCCCACUUCUCAUCUAAGUGGCAG